UUUGUUUGGUGUUCCUCUACAUCACUUUCUGCUGAGGAAGUGAUACACACAUUGAAGAUAGCAAUCAAAAAGGCUGAACUUUCCUAUGAUUAUGAUGACUCUGCUUUGGCCACAGGGAGGGAAAAAAUAAAGAAAAUGUAUAAUGUUUUACAUGAAGAAGUUCAUUGGAAUACGGAAGGACACGUCAGUGUGUGUAUGUUUUGCUUUCAAGAAGAUUACGAAGAUAUCCAAAAAGAAUUGCAAACUAUUUUUCAAUAUCAAAGAACAGCACAUGAAAAGUCGGGCCAUUCAACUGAUGCUACAGUCAAUGAUCAUAGAGCUCAUUAUUCUAUUGAGAAUGGAAAAAGCCAAACCAUUUCAGUUAGAAAUGAAGAGGUUGUGAAUUUGAAAGCAGAUGUUAUUGUUGUUCUAAAGGAAAAAGAAAUCAUUGGAGAUGCUAGCAAAUGUAUUUCAAAGAAUGGAAAUCAGAUUCUUGUUGAGUAUCCUCAAGCGAGACAUGAGGAAAGUCGGGCAAAGCAUAAAGUAGCGGAGUCAACGCAAUAUGCUCUAGCUGAGAUAAAGAAAGGAAACCAUUUUAAAGUAGCAGUUGCAUGUAGUUAUAGUAAAUCAUGGACAAAUGGAUACAAGUACUUGCAAUUUGUUCUGGUUGAGAUUUUUAGAUUUUUGAAGCAAAAUGCAGGAAUUCGUUAUUCCUUCUUGUUGUGUUCCUCAGAUAAAUUUGGGUACAGUGCUUGUCAGCAAAUACUACGAGAAGGAAAGCCGGAUGAUUAUGAAGAAACAAGUUUACCAAAUGAUGAAAUUGCACAUGCACAAGCACCAGAAGGGAUCGUUCAAACAAAAAGUGAUCCAGUUACAUACACUGUUGAGAAGCCGCUUGCAGCAGAUGACAGCAAUUUGCCUGAGAAAGAAAGCAUGCAAGAUCUCCAAGACAAGCUCAAUAUUGCUCCUUCUACAAUAAAAUUAACAGGAUAUAAUGGUAAGGGUAGAGUUCGUAAAAGAGGCAAUAAGUCAUUGCCUUAUACAGGCGAAAUUUCCCCUAAUUGUGAAAAUGAGCUUAACGAUGAAUGCAGUUAUAACAAAACAUCAAAUGAUGACGCUACCAAAGCAAAACACAAUGCAUCAGGUAGCAAAACAGAUUUGCACAACAGAAAUAAUACACACCCUGCAGCAGAUUCUGAGUAUGAAUCAUCGUCAAAUGUUGUAAGUUCAGGUGGAGCUUCUAAAAAGCAAGCAUUUCAAAUUAAGCAAGAUUCUAGCACUGUAAAACCAAAAUCUAAAAGCUCUUGCUGUGAUAUCCAAGCCAAUUCAUCUGAAAGGAGUCGGACAAAUGGCACAUACACCUUUUCCAAAGAAGGGGGACAUUGGUGCAUUGUUGAUGCAAAGUCAAAAGAAAUGCUUACCGUUCUUGAUUGUGAAGCUGAUGAUAUUUACUUUGAAGGGAUGAAGUUAGUUGUUGUAGAUGAUGAAUAUCAUACAAUCAAAGAAGACGAUGGAGUAGUAGAAUUAAGAAGUGUUCAUAAACAAUCAUUGAUCUCGAAAAAUAAUGAUAACCUACUACAUAACACUACAAAGAGCUUCCAGUGUAAAUCGACUCAAACAAUCCAUACAGAUUUUGAUUGUGAAGGAAUACAGAAGCAAGACGAAGCACCACCACCUCUUCCUCCACGAAAUCCUAUAGAUAGGACGACAACUGUGGUCAAAAGUAAAGCAUUUGGGAAUCCGUUACCAGCAUAUACAAAGAGCCCCAAAAUCACUGAAAAAGAAGCGUCAAGAUCGACACAUGACUCAACCAGACCAAGCCUCAUAGGACAAAACAAACUAAGAGUGCAAGUUUUGAAAGAUGAUAUAAUAAAUGUCAAGGCAGAUGUUAUUGUUAAUUCGACAAGUGUUGACUUAAACUUGGACCGUGGACAUGUGUCAUCACAGAUAAAUAAACUUGCAGGAACAGAACUGCAAAAAGCUUUGUAUAGAAAAGCCAAGGAGAUCAACUUCUGGGAAUACAUUGUUACUUCGGCCUUUGAUCUAAGCAAUUGUAAGCAUAUAUUUCAUUGUGCUCUCGAACCAUUGAACGACAAUGAUGUAACAAAACAGGAGAAAAGCUGUCUAUCGAAGAUGCGAGCAACGGUUCGACUGCUUUUGAAUGAAGCAAAUAGAAUGAGCUGCAAUUCCAUUGCUCUGCCGGCACUUGGAACUGGCUAUCUGGGUUAUAAACCCAGGGAUGCAGCAACGGCCAUAUUCCUAGCUGUUAGUGACUUUGUACAAUUUCAUGGCGAUAGGAGUCAUUUGGAAGAUAUAACAAUUGUCAUAUAUCAGACAGAGGAAAACACAUUUCAGGCAUUUAAGAAAGUAGAAGCAGAAAUGAAACCAGAGUUGGCUACCCUGACGCCGCGUUUUUGAAACGGGUAAGAGGAAAAAUGACUACGGGGCAUAACUGGACACUUUUUAAGCAAUAGUUAUCGACAUUGGCAUUGGUGAGGUUCAUAAUAAUAUCUUAAAUGGAUUACAAACUAUGAUCCAAACAGCAUUAUUAGACUAGAAUGUGCAUUUUGUGUUAUUCUGGGAAGCUGAUUUCUAAGUGAUAUUUCGAUUAGAAAAUCUUUUCUUAAGCCUACUGUAAAGAAUGUGUGAAUGAAUGAUUUGUAUAAAUGUAUGAAUUGUGGGAAUUUAUAAAUGUUCCGAAAUAUUUUAAUUAAUAACCAACUAUUUUUAUAGUUAAACGUUUAUUUCAAAAUUUCGUGUAGUGUAUUUGUAUAAUUCCGAUGUGUGCAUGUAGUUGAUGAAUUAUUAUAAAUAACAAUAAGCUUUUUUGUACAAACAAAAUGUUGUCAUGUCAGAAUAAUUCGUGCCCUAGAAGGUUCAAUUUUUCUAAUUAAUUGCAUUUUGAAACGUUUUUUUGGCAUUCAUGCACAGAAGUUUUAGCUUAAGUACUAACUUAAGUAAGUAAGUAAGUAAGUAAGUAAGUAAGUAAGUAAGUGUAAGUUAGUGCAAUUAAGAAAGUAAGUAAGUAAAUAAGUAAGUAAGUAAGUAAGUAAGUAAGUAAGUAAGUAAGUAAGUAAGUAAGUAAGUAAGUAAGUAAGUAAGUAAGUAAGUAAGUAAGUAAGUAAGUAAGUAAGUAAGUAAGUAAGUAAGUAAGUAAGUAAGUAAGUAAGUAAGUAAGUAAGUAAGUAAGUAAGUAAGUAAGUAAGUGUAAGUUAGUGCAAUUAAGAAAGUAAGUAAGUAAGUAAGUAAGUAAGUAAGUAAGUAAGUAAGUAAGUAAGUAAGUAAGUAAGUAAGUAAGUAAGUAAGUAAGUAAGUAAGUAAGUAAGUAAGUAAGUAAGUAAGUAAGUAAGUAAGUAAGUGUAAGUUAGUGCAAUUAAGAAAGUAAGUAAGUAAGUAAGUAAGUAAGUAAGUAAGUAAGUAAGUAAGUAAGUAAGUAAGUAAGUAAGUAAGUAAGUAAGUAAGUAAGUAAGUAAGUAAGUAAGUAAGUAAGUAAGUAAGUGUAAGUUAGUGCAAUUAAGAAAGUAAGUAAGUAAGUAAGUAAGUAAGUAAGUAAGUAAGUAAGUAAGUAAGUAAGUAAGUAAGUAAGUAAGUAAGUAAGUAAGUAAGUAGGUAAGUGUAAGUUAGUGCAAUUAAGAAAGUAAGUAAGUAAGUAUGUAAGUAAGUAAUUUAUUCCUGUGACAUCUGCUAUUCAAACAAAUUACAGUAUAUCUAUGUGUAUAUGCAUAUAUCAUUUUUCAACAACAGUUACAAUAUAUUAUAAUGCCAUAAUUACGAGCAUGUUAUUUAUAAAUAAAUGAUUCUUCGUAUCUAUGUUAAAAUGUAUUGUUAUGUUAAAUACCAUGGUAUAUACGCCCUAUGUUUUAUUUUGUUGUUGUUGUUACUGUUGUUUUUGUUAGUGUUAUUGUUGCGUUCAAAGACAUAUAUACCUCUUAGAAUGUACAGAAUGUGUGUAUUUUCUCGGGUGUGUGCGUUAUUUUUAUGUUUGUUUUUGAGUAUUUGUGAGUAGAAAUGUUUUCAAACAAAAUCAAUCUUGACAUUAAAAUACCGAGCCCUU